UAUUUUUGUUCUGUUACUCGCCCUUUAAGUGUGUUUUUAAUCAAAAUAUCGCUAAAAAUCGUAAGAAAUUGAAACGAGAUUAGCUUGAAAAAUAAUUGAAAAAAAUUAAAAUAAAAAAAUCUAAAAAAUUUCUGAAGAAAAACGAAAAAUUGAAGCAAAAAUUAAACAAAAUAAUUUUUUUUUACAAGAAAUUUCAUGGAUAAAAAAAAUAAAGUUCAAGAAUUCUUAAAGUGUCCUCUAAAAGAAUAAAAACAAACAAAAAAAAAAAUAAACAAAACUAAAAUUGGAUUAAACAAAAUAAAAAAGUUCAAAGCAAGAUCGUGCUCUAUAUUAAAACCAUUGAAAAAAAUCACUGCACAAGAAAUCAAGUCAAAAAAAAAAAUCGUGAACAGCUGAAAAAAAAUAAAAAAAGAAUUUCUUUCGUGAUCCAGCGAGAUAAAAGUCGAGCAAAAUAGGUUCCAACAAGGGAAAAGAAGUUAUGGCGACUGUCAAUGACGUGUGGAUUCAGCUGUUUUCGUGCUGUUUCCAUUCGCCACAAAGUCCGCAUCGGCCCGUGCGUCGUCAUCAUCAAAGACUGAAAAUUGAUCGUUCCAUGAUCGGAAAUCCAACGAAUUUUGUGCACACGGGGCAUAUUGGAUCGACAGAUGUUGAGAUGUCGUCGCAUCAUUUGACGUCGUUGCAAACGCAAAUGCAGAGCAAGGGAGGUUAUGAGCCCGGGUUACGGAUGUCGGGAAAUUAUGAGAAAAUUAAGGUAUAUUGACAAGAUGCUGCCGAUACUCGUCCCACAAACAUGAUAAUCAUCUGUUAAGUUUUUUUUUCUUUAUUAAACAUAAUUAAUUAAUUAAUUAUUAUAUUUUACUUUGAACAUAAGAAUUCAUAAUUUUUGCAUUUUUUACUCGAUAAUGUUAAGAAAUAUUUUUGUAAACCGUUAUUCUUCAAAAGAUUCGUAUUCCUUAAAAUUAAAAAAAAAGUAUUUUUUUCCUCUCAUAAAUAUAAUUCAAUAAAUAAUCAAAAAAUGUUAGAAAUUUAAGUCAAACUAGAAUUAUUGUACUUACCUAAUUAGAAUUAAACUGAGCUUAAAAAGUGCUAAAAAAAGUUUUUGUCGUGCCUUGAAUGACGAAACUUUCUAAAAAACAACAAUUUCAAUCAAAAAUGCACUUAUAGAGAAUAA